AUGUCUUCCAACAAGGCGCUCCUCCUCCUCACCCUUACGGCCUCCGCCUCCGCAGCAAUUAACUACAUGGCCAUCCCCCAAGUUCGCGACCUCCUCCCGGCGCCCACUCCCGUCUCCCACAACCUCAACCUCGCCCGCGACGCCGCCGACGACGCAGAGUGCGCCUCCUCCGCCCUCGACCUCCUCCAGUCCCUCCCCACGCCUCCCCCGGCCCUGCUCUCCGACCUCUCCAAGAGCGCCCAGCAGGAGCAGACCGACCCUUGCAAGCUCAGCUUCCCCGCCAGCCUCAGCGACGACGUCUCCUCCUACAGCUCCAAGGUGCUCUCGUGGUACAGCGGCCACGAGGCCGAGCUCACCUCCCUGGCCAAGCAGUGCUCCGCCGCCCAGUCGUACACCGGUCUCGUCAACGUCUGCACCGAUGACGACUCGUCCGGUUCUGGCUCGGCCGCGUCCAAGACGGCCGAUGCCACUACCAAGACGGCUGGUGCGGGCGCCGCGACUUCGACGAAUGUCGGCGCUGCUCAUGAGACGGGCAUGGCUUUUGCGGCUCUUGCUGCCGCUGGGAUCGCUGCCAUUCUGUAA